AGCGGCGGCAGCGGCGGCCGGAGCAGCCUCGGCGGCGGCUGCGGAGCAGACAGCGCCCGAACCGGGAAGGGAGAAAACCUAUGAAGAUUGAAGACAAUCCUGAUUAAUACUUAGGAAGUGUUGCUGCAAGACUUGCUCCCUGUAACAUCUGGAACCAUCUCUCUUCAUGAUUCUCUUGGCCCUGGGGCAGAUGUGCUGGAUACUUUUGACAUCAGGAUAAGAAGAAAGCCGAGUGGCAGCACACAUAUGGACCAGUGUGAUGGUGAAAUGAGAUGAGGCUCCGAAAUGGAACUGUAGCCACUGUUUUAGUAUUCAUCACAUCAUUCCUCACUUUGUCAUGGUAUACCACAUGGCAAAAUGGGAAAGAGAAACUGAUUGCAUAUCAACGAGAAUUUCUUGCUUUGAAAGAACGUCUUCGAAUAGCUGAGCACAGAAUCUCUCAGCGUUCUUCCGAGCUGAGCGCCAUUGUGCAGUAUUUUAAGCGUGUGGGAGCAGAGACAAAUGGAAGCAAUGAUACACUGAAUAGAUUUUCAGAUACCACUUUAUCGUUAUUAAAGGAGUUUACAAGCAAAAAAUCUCUUCAAGUGCCAAAUAUUUAUUAUCAUUUGCCUCAUUUGUUGCAAAAUGAAAGAAGCCUUCAGCCUGCUGUGCAAAUUGGAAAUGGGAGAAAAGGAGUUUCAAUCGUAAUGGGAAUUCCCACAGUGAAAAGAGAAGUUAAAUCGUACCUCACAGAGACUCUCCAUUCCCUGAUUGAUAAUCUGUAUCCUGAAGAGAAGCUGGACUGUGUAAUAGUUGUCUUCAUAGGGGAGACAGAUAUUGAUUAUGUGAACCAUGUUGUAGACUCCUUGGAAAAAGAAUUUCCUAAAGAAAUUAAUUCUGGUUUGUUGGAAGUAGUGUCACCUCCUGAAAGCUAUUACCCUGACCUGACAAACUUAAAGGAAACAUUUGGAGACUCCAAAGAGAGAGUUCGAUGGAGAACAAAGCAAAACCUAGACUAUUGUUUUCUAAUGAUGUAUGCUCAGGAAAAGGGCAUAUAUUACAUUCAGCUUGAAGAUGAUAUUAUUGUCAAACAGAAUUACUUUAACAUUAUGAAAAAUUUUGCACUUCAACUUUCUUCUGAAGACUGGAUGAUUCUAGAGUUCUCCCAGCUGGGCUUUAUUGGUAAAAUGUUCCGUGCGCCAGACCUCACUUUGAUCGUGGAAUUCAUCGUUAUGUUCUAUAAGGAGAAGCCUAUUGAUUGGCUUUUGGACCAUAUUCUCUGGGUUAAAGUCUGCAACCCUGAGAAAGAUUCAAAACACUGUAACAGACAAAAAUCAAACCUUCGAAUUCGCUUCAGACCUUCCCUUUUCCAACAUGUUGGUCUGCAUUCUUCACUAACGGGAAAAAUUCAGAAACUCACAGAUAAAGAUUAUAUGAAACCAUUACUUCUUAAAAUCCAUGUCAACCCUCCUGCAGAGGUCUCAACUUCUCUGAAAGUCUACCAAGGGCACACUCUGGAGAAAACUUACAUGGGAGAGGACUUCUUCUGGGCUGUUACCCCAGUAGCUGGCGACUACAUCUUGUUUAAAUUCGAUAAACCAGUCAAUGUAGAAAGCUAUUUAUUCCAUAGUGGCAACCAAGAGCAUCCAAAAGAUAUUUUGCUAAACACAACUGUGGAAGUUCUGCCUCUAAAGAGUGAAGGCCUGGAAGUAAGCAAAGAAACCAAAGACCAGCGAUUAGAAGACGGCUACUUCAGAAUAGGAAAAUUUGAGAAUGGCAUUGCAGAAGGAAUGGUGGACCCCAGACUGAACCCCGUCUCUGCCUUCCGGCUUUCUGUUAUUCACAAUUCUGCUGUUUGGGCCAUUCUUAAUGAGAUUCAUAUUAAAAAAGUCGCCAACUGAUCAUGUCCUAAGGAACCAACUCAUUUUCUUUCUGUGAAUCUGUUAAAGAUAGCUUCAGCAUGUACCUUUUAAAGAAACUUGAACACUACCUCUGGGAAAUCUACUGUAGAUGAUUGUCAUUUCCACUCGGAAAGAGAAUCACCCGUGAUAAUUGUAUUCAUUUGGAAUUAAGCUGUCCUUCAAUUUUAACUUGACGCAAACAUUUUACAGUUACGACAGCCUGUUAAUAUGACUUGUACUAUUUUGGUAUUAUACUAAUACCUAAGAGUUGUACAUAUUUUACAUUCCUUAAAUUUGAGAAUAAUUAAUGUUAAAUACAUUUUAUGAAGGGGGUACUUUUGAAGUUCAUUUAUUUUACUAUUAUAGACCCUCUUUUAUAGAUUAUCAGGGAUUAUAUAUAUAUAUAUACAUUUAAAUGUUGUGGAGUUAAUUUAUUAGAAACUUAAGAAGUACAUAUUUUUGUGCAGUAAAUUUUUCAAUUGAGACUUUUUUUGAAAACCAAUUACCUUGCUUUUUAAGUUCUUUCUAUAUUUUUCUUUGGAAUUGCAAUCAUAACAAAUUAAUGCCAUUUUUUUCAAGUGCACUGCCAUUUGAGAAUGAUUCUAGAUUGAUUUCCUAACUAAAGUACUUUUAUAUUAACAUUGAUUCUGAACAAACUAUUUUCAGAUGCGUUUGUCAUUCCUUAAAGUCAAGAUUUUAAAGACCAAUGUCCUACUCAAGGGUUAGUUUACUAUACUGUUCACCACAUAGUCACAAAAAGUCAUUCUGAUAAAUCCUAAGUGUAACGUGAUACAUUCAGCCCAAAUAACAAUAGACUCAUUACUUUCCCUCUUCCGUGAAAGAUGGCAAACCCUUCUUUCCUUUAUUUUGUUCACUAUCCUUUUAUAUCUACACUCAUUUUAUAAGUUCUGAUGAAAUGUUUUCUAGAUUUUAUUGUAUGACCAUGAUUGUUUCAAUAUAAAAGGAAAAAAUACUGUUGUUUUUUUUUUUUUGGUGGAAAUGUUAUAGUUGAAGUGAAGGAAAGCAAGGCCAGGUAAUCUAGUUACUUUGGUCAUUUUAAAUCACAUCAAGAAGGUGUCCAGUCCAUCGAGGUGAUGGGUAGCUGGGUGGGAGACAGUCAGGGUGCCAGGCAGCCAGUCAGGAGAGACACUCGGGCACAGAUGGUACUUGUCCUACCUGAGGCUCACUCGGUUCAGGUCCAGCCUCCUGAGCCCUGCCAGAUGUGAUCACUGAGCACAGGAACCAGAGGAAUCCCCGAGCACCGCCAAGUUUGGCCCCAAAACACUGAAGGAAGCCCCCGGCUGGGCAGCUCCAUCAUAGACCCACACUCGCACUGGGCACCUGGCAGGUUCCGACCCACGUGCAUGUGACGACCAUCGGAGAGCUAGGAAGAGCCGAGGGGAGAGGGAGACUCUGGCCUUCAGCCCAGCAGGGGGACACCAGUGACAGCGUCCAAACAGGAACGCGGACACUGUAGAGAACAAUGUAGGGACUGCACAAGGUCAUCGUAUGCUGCAGGCAGAUAGAUGGUGUAGGGACAGGACCAGAAUGUGGACUGAGCGUCAGGGAACAGAAUGGUGAUGGCAUUCGCUGGUAAAGAGAAGGGCCCAAAUAUGGGGUGUGGACCUAGAAUCCCUUUAGUUUAGCUGUCCAGCCACUCCAUAAGCACCUGGAGUUUUGUAUGCAAAUCUUUCAUACAACACUCAAGAACCCAUGAGCUCAGAAAUAAGUCCACUUUUGCAGAAACAAAAGAGAUUGUAACAGUUUCAUUCUGUUGCAUUGUGAACUUAUAAGCAAAUUCAUAGUCUAAAGACUUCAUAAAACUUCAUAGUCUAAAAGAGUAUUCAUUACUCUCAAGCAUGCAAUUUCAAAUGAUACUACAGCUGUAAGCAAAAUACCAUCCGUGGCAAUCAGUGAUUAACUUUUAUUACAUAUUUUACUUAAAGCUUUAUGAAUCAUCCCCAUGAGUUUCCAGCUAAUCAGCAUGAUGGUUUGAGAGCUUUCAAAGGUGGUGGAGGGAUGCACAUAGGAGGUUCCAGACCUUGAAGUGCUUCAGCUAGUUACCUAGUGUGCUGGUAGCAAACAGCUUCUAAAUCAUUUUACAGGCAGAAUAAUGAAGUGAAAAAAGUUAAGGAAAAUUGAGCGCAUAGCUGUUUCUAUUUUCCCAUAAUCGUUUUUGGUUAAUUUUCUUAAUCAAAAAAUUAUGUGUUGAUUUUCUGUCAUGCACCUGUGAAACAUGUUAUAAAGCAAUGUUAAAUUAAUUAAAAAUUUCAAAUGUUUCCAGUAAUAACUUUUAUGUCUUAAGUCCAGUUGAAAUUUUUUAUUGGGGUUUUGGAAUUAAAGAAAUAUUUUCUUUAA